AUGGAGAAGUCAGAAGUCAUGCAGGCUGAAACGCUGACGAACCCCGGGACGGCAGACGAGGCAGGCCUCCAGAAGACGGUUACUGUUGACACAGUCCACGGUGACGAGGCAACGACUGUCCUGGCCAACUACCAUGGUGAUCCCACUUGGGACGACGACGAAGAAAAGCGUGUCAAAAGGAAGAUCGACUACCGAUUACUUCCUAUCCUUUGCGCAACAUAUGGUUUGCAAUACUACGACAAGACAAUGCUGUCACAAGCGGCGCUGUUUGGACUUUUCAAAGAUCUCGAGCUUGAAACGGGUAAUCGAUUUUCAUUCUGUGCCUCGAUCUUCUACUUGGGAUUUAUCGUCGGCGCAUACCCUGCGAUCAUUCUAGCCCAGCGCUUCCCCAUUGAGCGGGUCGCUUCGGGCACCGUCCUUGUUUGGGGGAUAUGCUUGACUUGCACAGCUGCCUGUCACAAUUGGCAGUCCUUUUAUGCACAACGGUUUUUUUUAGGACUGUUGGAAUCCGGAGUCAGCCCCAUGUUCAUGAUGGUCGUGGGUCAAUUCUACAAGAAGGAUGAGCAGGCUCUUCGAAUGGGAGUUUGGUUUUCUGCCACAGGAUACAUCUCGAUUGUUUCACCUCUCAUCAAUUACAGCCUUGGACACAUCACUGGUUCCCUCUCUCCCUGGCGAUAUAUGUAUAUUGUCGCGGGAAUAAUCACGAUUUUGUGGUCCGCAGUGAUCCUCUUCUUCAUGCCGCCGGAUCCCAUUCACGGAUACAAUUUGAAUGAGCGAGAACGAUAUAUAGCCGUCGUCCGUCUGAGAACGAACAACUCGGGCGUCCGGAACAAGCACUUCAAGAAGGAACAACUUUAUGAGCUGCUCAUCGACUUGAAGUUCUGGCUCGUCUUCUGCAUUACAUUCUUAACCUUGUGGGCAAAUGGCCCGAUUUCUACCUUUAUACCAACCAUCAUCCACGGCUUCGGGUUCAGCACACUGAUUUCUUUACUGUUGGUGAUGCCGUCGGGGGCGAUCAUCGGCACCCUUCAGCUAGUAGCAUGUUAUAUUGCGUACAAGGUCCCGUAUUCAAGGUCUUACCUAGUUGUGAUCUGCGAAUUGAGCACAAUCUUGUCCUGCCUACUCCUGUGGCUGCUUCCGACACAUGCGCUUGGAGGACUUUUAUUUGCAGCAUACAUCCUCGCCGCCAACAGCGCCGGAUAUGCCGUGCUGAUGGGCAUGCAGCUGGCCAACACGGCGGGAUAUACAAAGCGAUCGCUUGCCUCAUCUGGCAUCUUUGUGGGCUACUCUCUGGGCAACGUUGUUGGACCCCUUCUGUUUACAACCACGGACGCACCCAGGUACCCUCACGGAUUUACCGCAGUCUUCGCUUCUGCCUGCGCCAUGGUUGUGUUGGUGAUUGUCUAUCGCUUCUUCUGUGUGUGGGAGAACAAGAAGCGUGACAAGGCUGGAAUCAUGGAAGGAUAUGAGCAUGCCUACGACGACGAUUUUACGGAUCGUACGAACAAGCAAUUCAGAUAUAUCUACUAG